AUGGCUGAUCUCAAAGACUCUGUUUUGGCUUCUAGGGCAUUCCCUUGGAUAGGAAGCCAGCUCAUCAAGUCGGGAUGUGAUAGCAGGAAUCCUCAACUCGGUCAACUGGGGACUCAACUGUUUCUUCUCGCAAAUUCGACAUCCGGAGUCACCCCAACUUCAAGUGCUUCGCUUUCAGCAAAUCUGCAUGAUGUGGUGAGACUGUUGGAAAAAGCUUGCUCGCUCUCAGGUAGUUGGGGGAGUCAGAAAAAUGACUGCAGUACCCUUGAGAUGAUUGCUUCUCGCGAUACACUGUCCAAGGAAGACGGGGAAAGGCUUCAGUACGAAUUAGAUAAGAGCCUGAAGGUGUUUUCACAGACCAACUUAGCAAUAAAUGCUCUCACACAGCUCAUCCAGCGCUGCGAGCCUCGGCAAGAUGUUCCUUCUUACCCGGUGGUGCUAGAUGAAGGCACGUUGCACCCAUCAGCCAGCGUAUUAAUGGCUGGAGAGGGAUACAAGACAAGUGGGCGUGUUGCCCCUGUCCCGAGAACGCUUUUAGAUCCACCUCGUGCCCUAUCGAAGUGGACACCAAAGUUCUGGCUGGCGCAGGUUGAACGGAUUAAUCGCAUGCUUCAUCCUCUAUCCAUGCGGGAUCAUGACGCUCACCCCGUGAGGAUCGCCGUAUUUGAUACCGGAUACAGCCUUGAUUCGAGUUAUCUCGAUAUGUACACUCAUGAGGAGAAGCGUCUGUCCGGCCACUGGGUUGACUGGGUCGAGAACUCGCGUACUCCGGUCGAUGUUGACGGGCAUGGCACCGCGAUGACCAGCCUUUUAAUGAAGAUGACCCAGAAGGCGGAGAUAUUCACAGCUAUUCUUCAUGCAGCAACAACACUGAACGUCGACAUCAUAAGCUUAUCACUAGGAUUCCCAAACGAAGAUGAAAUCAUAAGAGAUGCCAUCUCCGAAGCGAUCCGUAUCAAGAAGGGCAAUCUUCUCUUCUUCGCAGCCGCAGCGAAUGACGGCUCCAACAGACACGAAAUGUUCCCAGCCAGCAUGGAGUCUGUCAUUUCAGUACGGGCUACCAACAGUGCCGGCGGGUUUGUGGACGAAUUCGACCCUCCUCCGGUCGACGACGAGGGUCGGCUUUACGGCACAUUAGGACAUGAUAUUCCGGGUCAUGCCGUGGAUGAAACCAAGCCCUGUUCGGGCUGCUCUGCUGCCACGCCCAUCAUGGCUGGCAUUGCAGCACUCCUCCUGCAGUACGUUCAGCAUCGUCUAUCUGACCGGUCAGCUUCCAGCGAGAAUAUCCGCAAGCAAAUCCGUACCAAGCGAGGUAUGAUGCAGAUAUUCAAGGCGAUCGCUGUCAACCGAGGUAAUCAGCGCCACUAUGUGGCCCCUUUUGAGUUCUUUGAGAGGGAUGAUGAAAUUCGUCUUGCUAUCAUCCGUGUGGCAAUUGCAAAUUUGCGGACGCAGGUCGUUCGGAAAUGA